CCUCCCCCUCACCACCCGCGUUUGUGUCGUCGGACAGAUAUCCACCACUGCGUGACUGCUUGAUCCUCGACGCCUGCAUCGCCUCAGGCGGACCUCGCGCCGCCGAGUCUCGAGUCUGUUCUUUGUUGCUCAUCUCGCCCUCGCCGUCCGCGCGCCAAGCAAUAUCCGUCAGACCCCUCCCACACGCAACUUCCGCCGCCAUAACGCGCCGACGGACUGCCCUGCGACCGACCACCGACAGGACGAGCUUUGCUAUGGCCAACCCGAUAGACCCUCGUCUCUACGGGGCCCAGCUGCACACUGCACCGCAGGGCUACUCCAACAACGCUGGCCUGCAGAACAAUGGAGCAGCCCAGCAGCCCUACUAUCUGCCUCCGACCACAACGCAGAAGCACCAGCCCGCCCUCGGCGCCCUAGAUCCCGCUCUCGAACGGCCGUCCCCGAGUCUACGAGAGCCGUCGUCGGACAUUGAGAACAGUGUUGAAGGCGACAGCCACGAUAGAUCGAAUGGCAGGUCUCCCAUUGACCUCAAACGGCCACGCGCCUGUGACUCGUGCAGAGGACUGAAGGUUCGUUGCGAUCAAGAGCGCCCUGAUCUUACCUGCAAGCGCUGCGCGAAGGCGAAUAGGCAAUGUGUCACGACCCCUCCCACCCGGAAGCGGACCAAGAAAGCGGACAGUCGGGUCGCCGAGCUCGAGAGGAAAAUAGACGCUCUGACGGCGAGUUUGGAGGCACAGAAGAGUCGCGGUCCGCCAGAGGGCCGACCAUAUGGGCACUUGAGCUCACCCUACGACGUACCAUCCGUCCAGAGUCACGGAGAACACAGCACAUAUGGCGCUCCGCCUCACGACUGGCAAGGCACGCCAACAUCCUACGGCCAUGGUCGUCCCGCUAGUGGGGGACCAGAUGCAAAGCGUCGGCGUCUCGACAACGGACGUGGCCAGACCACUAUCCCCGAAGACAUGGAUGAUAUACACAAAGAUAUGGCCGAGAUCCCAAAUGUCGAUACCAUUCAGCAAGAUCACCCCUGGGCUGUGCCAAAGAAGGAACGUUGCAAGAGGAAGGGACCCAAUACAGAUCAUUCCUACAUCAACGGUCUGAUUGAUAAAUUAAUGAGUCGCGAAGCUGCGGAGAAGAUAUUUGCUCGAUAUGUAAACGACAUCUCCCCACACUUCCCAGCCGUCCCUCUAGUUCCAGGGACUCCCGCAGCUCAGAUACGGGAGCAGCAGCCCCUUUUGUUUCUGGCCAUCAUGGCUGGGUCCUGCCACGGCAGCACCGAGCAAAUUGUGCCCCAAGAAGUCCAAAAGGAGCUCACCACACUCCUGAAAGACGAGUUCGCGAACAUUAUCUGGAGAAACGGCGAAAAGUCGCUCGAGAUCGUUCAGGCUCUUCAUCUCGGUGUUUUGUGGUACCGCCCUCCGCUCCAUUACGAGCAGCACAACUUCUAUAUGAUGGUCAACUGUGCAGCAGUCAUGGCGCUUGACCUCGGUCUCGACCGGCGAACCACUCCUAGCGUCAUGAAGAUGGGUGUUGGGCCCUUCAAUCGUCGCAACAGUCCGAAUACUAACAGCGUUGAAGCUCGUCGAACAUUCCUCGUCUGUUACUACCUCUGCAUGAGCAUCACCAUGGUCCUAAGGCGCCCUAUCCUCAUCCGUUGGACUAAGUUCAUGGACGAGAGUGUUCAGAUACUGGAAAAAUCCCCGGAGGCUCUGCCCUCUGACCGAGUUUUAUGCCAUCAUAUCAGGUUGGCACAUAUCGGAGAGCAAGUGUCAGUUGCAUUUUCCAUGGAUGACCCUUCCUUGGAUAUCGCUAUUUCAGAGCCACGGGUCAUAGACCAGCUGAAGACGUACGAGAAUGACCUGAAGCUGUUGAAAGAGGCGAGGCCGGUAGACAAUGGUGAUCCCGCAAUCCGUCUUGGAGAGCACGUUACCAACCUAUAUAUCCACGAGAUUGCUCUACACAACAACCAAAGUCCAGCGAUGUUUCAGCCUCCGUUCUCCAAUGAUGCUUUUGCGAAAUUCGGCAAACAAGACCUUGUGGGGCCAGCCCACAGCACUGCGCUCAGCGAGUGCCUCACCGCUACGCAUGGUAUCCUCGAUACUAUACUCGGAGUUCCUCUCGACACUCUGCUGACGCUUCCUGUUCUAUUCUGUGUACGCGCAAUUUAUGCUAUCGUCUGUCUUAUGAAAAUGUGGGUGGCCGUCUCGAGCCCCGGAAACAUGUCCAGCGUCGUCAAGAAAGAAGAUUUAAAGAUUGAGGCCUACACCGAAGAGCUCGUCAAAAUGUUCAUGUCCAUCGUCGCCAGCGACGCGCAGAGCCCCCAUGGGAAAUUCUACUACGUCGCUAGACGUCUCCAGGACAAGUUUGUGCAAAUCCGAGGGGGCACUGCGAAAGGCAACAUGGAUGUGCAAUCCGAAACCUCAAGGGAAGAACAAUUAUCAACGAUCGCCCCAGAGCUGAGAUCCCACCCGUCUCACUCAAGGGCCCCCGCCAAUCCAACGCCCCUUCACCUACUCUCCGAGGCUGCGGUCAUUGAUAGCAGAAACGCAGCGCCGACACCGCACGUCCAGCAGGCAAUGCGGCCUCAAAUGCAGCAGCCUGUUCAGCAGAUGUCCCAGCCGCCGCCGUGGUACAAUGCGACUGGCAUUGCAACAACCCAAUCUCUCGCUCCCAGCUUCGAUCAAACCUUCGAUAUUGGUAAUUUCGACUUUAAUUUGGGCCUCGACGCGGACAUGUCUGCGUACUUCCUUCCCGACGGCGCGCUCUGGAACUUCCCGGAUCCUGGUUUCCAGAACUACGAUGGGACAUUCUAAGCAGCUGGGUGCCCUCUUCAUUGUACACUGUUGUAGACAUCAUCUGCGGCGGCCGUUGGGUGGGUAGGGGGAUGGAAGAGGGUCUGUUGCUGUUUCCGCUCUGGUGGAUGGAGGCUUUUGCUGUAUCUCCUGGUGGGUUAGCUAUGGUAAUGAGGUUUGAAAGAUACCCACGCGGUUGUACUUCCACAGCUCCU